AUGUCGGAGCCGAGCGAGCGCAGUGAGAGCCCCGCGGGCACCGAGUCGCACUUGGAUACCCUCGACGGCCUUCAUGACGAUCAGGAGGGACGCCCGCCCCCGCGCAAGCGCCAGCGCGUGAGGUUGUCGUGUCUCGAGUGCCGCCGCCGGAAGCUGUCGUGUGACCGCGAGUUCCCCUGCUCCCGCUGCCUGCAGUCGGGCACCCCGGAACGUUGCGAGUACGAGACCCGGCCCGGCUUGGCACCGCCGAACAAGCUCGGCCUUCCGCCGACCGCUCUGGCGGGUCUCGAUGCCCGCCUGUCGCUGCCGAGCACCGGUGGGGAAUCCCCCUACUUCCGCAAGGAUGGCCGCGAAUCGGACCGCAUCCGCCGCCUGGAGCUCGAAGUGGCCCAGCUCAAGAACCUGCUGGUGAAGCAGGUCUCCCUCGACGGGAGCACCGUCCAAGACCGCUCCCCCCUGCUGGACCAUCCCAAGUCCGACGUCGAGCCCGAGCCCGAGGUCGAGGUGCCGCCCUUCCUGCAGACCCAAGAGACGGUCGCCGACAGGGAAGAACUCCGCUUUUUCAGGGGUAAGGAGUUCAAGACUCGCUACUUUGGCCCACAUAGUGCAUUCCUAGCCUUCCAAGAACUCACGGGGCUAUGUCCCUUCAUGAAGGAGACCUCGGAAGAGUGGCUGCGGCCGCUACACAUCCACCGGACCAAGGACCGCCGCAAGGGCGCCGAGGAGAGGGAGCGCAAGUUCCGCGAGCCAGACCUCUCCCUGGAGUCGUUGCUCCCUCCCAAGGAGGAAACAGAUAGUCUGGUAAACAUCUACCUGGACCAAUUCGAGCAGGUCCACCGCAUUGUCCACAUCCCCGCCUUCCGUAGAGACUAUGCGAAGUUCUGGCUGCCGUCCGAGACCCGCAAUGCCGCCUUUACCGCCCUCGUCCUGGCCAUCAUGGGCAUCUCGAGCUGUCUCGCGGCCCAGAUGCCGCACAAGUUCGAGAAGAUGGUGUCGCACUCGCACGCGAACGCCAUCCGGUGGGUCGAGGCCGUCGACGAGUGGCAGGAGCAGCAGAGCCAGAAACACCGCCGCCUGAUCCACUACCAGAUCGCCUGCCUUAUCUACCUGGCCAAGCGGGUCAACACCAUGAAGAAGAAGCGCUUCUGGAGGAACGCGGGCUCCAUGACCCAGGACGCCGUCUCGGUCGGCCUCCACCGCGAGCCCAGCCACAUGUGCGACAAGAUCUCGCCCUUCAACCAGGAGAUGAGGCGGCGCAUCUGGGCCACCAUCCAGAGCUACGACCUCCAGGCGUCCUUCGACCACGGCCUGCCCUCCAUCCUCUGCUCCCUCCACUACGACGUCAACCCGCCCCGCAACAUCGACGAUGACGAGUUCGACGAAGACACCAAAGAACUUCCCCCAUCCCACCCCCCAACGGACUACACCUUCUCCUCCUACCAACACAUCAGCCGCCACAGCCUCCCCCUCCGCCUGGAACUCAGCCGCGUACUCACCGGCCCACCCGAGGAGCUCGACUACGACCGCGUGAUCCGCUACACCAACGAAAUCAACCAAGAAAUCGACUCUCUCCCCUCCUGGGACGUCGGCGACGCCGGCGCCACCUCCUCCCAAGACCCCGUCCUCAAAAAGCCCCUCCUCGCCUACACCCUCCUGCACAUCCAACUCCGCCAGUACAUCAUCCCCCUCCACCAGCCCUUCCUCCGCCUCCGCAAAGCCAACUCCAAAUACCAAUACUCCGAAAUCAUCUACUACAACGCGGCGCGCGACAUGGUACUCCUCAACGACCGGCUCGCGCAGCAGGGGAUCCGCACGCUCAACUUCCUGCGCGAGGACAGCCUCACGCUGGCAAUCAACCUCAGCAGCGUGACCAUGCUGCAGCCCCGCGGCAGCACCAACAUGAUCAUGAUCAACUCGCAGCACACCCUGCAGCUGCUCGAGCGCUGCCUCGCCAUGAAGGAGGACCGCAUCCUACGCUGCGGCAACAACGAGCCCUGGGGCUACAGCAUCAUGUGCGCCGCCUUUGGCCUGCUCGAGGCCCACCUGGGCACCAAGACCCCCGAGGCCGCCAAGGCCGCCAGCGCCGAGAGAUUCGUCCAUUUGCAUUGGAAGUUGCUGGCUGGGCAGGAUCCGCCCCCGCCGUCGUUGCCGCUGCCGCUGGCGGCGCCGGGCGGGAGUCAGCAGAGUGUGGGGGGUGGUGGUGGUGGUGGUGGUGGGGCGGGGCCGCCGAGUAGUAGUGGUGGGAAUGCGGGUGGGUGUUGUGGUGGCGGUGGGCAGACCGGUGCGGCGGCGGCGAGUGAGCAGGGCCGGGCGGUGGUGGGCACGCCGUUCAGUGGGAUGGGGGGUGUAGGGGCGUACGCGGCCGGGGCGGGGCCGGGGCCGGGGCCGGGGCCGUCGCCGGCGGAUGUGUUUGUGAGGUCUAAGUCUGUCACGCCCUUUGCGCCGUCGUCGUCCCAGCAGGGUGCCGGCCAGCAGAUCGAGGUCCCUGGCACGCCGUGGUGGCUGCCCAACGCGGCGGACCCGUCCACCAUCCCGCAGGUUGGUCUCUACAGCGGUGACUCGGAGGCGGCGGCUCGAGCUGAUCUUGUUCCCCAGAUGCCGCCCUUGCACUCGGAAUUUAACCUCGAGACCCUGGGCUUCAACCUGAACGAGCUCUGGGGCAGCGGCACGUUCGACUGGGACGCCAUGAUGCCGUGA